CGGGAGCAAUUCCAAGCUAACCUCAUCAUGUCAUCGGCACCACGAGAUAGCAUCAUGACAGCACCGGCCGGUGCUGUAAACAGUAACAAGUUUAAUAUCGUAGGAACUGGAGCAAGUAAUCCCAACUCCCAAGGAGGAAGUGUAGUAGCCCCAGAAGGACACAGUUUUAGCAAUAGUAAUGUUGUUACGACCGUAACACAGCAGCAACAGCAGAUUGCGGAUGGUAACCGACUUCGGCAUCAUCAUCCAGUUCAUCAUCAUCAUCCGCUGUUGGAAUGCAACGAAACUGUUGCAGCUAGUGGACUGCAACAGCUGUCUAAUGUUGCGGCCGCACUCAAGCUGAGGGGCGAAUGUGCCAGUGGUAGUACAACAACAACAGUACAGUAUUCCAACAUGAUCUGCACAAGUUACGGUGCGGCGACAACGACGACCACGAUGAGCAGCAAUAACAGUAACAGUAAUUUUAGCAAUAAUACCAACGUCGGCGGCCCCAAUACCAGUAACAGCAAUAUCAGCAGCAGCAGCAGUAGUAAUAGUGGUAGUACCAGUAGUGGCCACCAGAUGAGCAACAGUAUCAACGCACCAGGAGAUGGAAGCAAUCGCAUGCAGGUGCUAAGCAAUGUGACGCUCGUUUCGAAGGGUCAGCAGCAGCAUCAGCCUCAGCAGCCCACUCAACAACAGAUGCAAAUACAGAUGCCACAAACGACGGCCACGUUCAACUACAUCGACUCGAACGGUAAAAAUAUUAACGUUUUCACCUCCCUAUGCGGGAAGUUGGGCUCCUCGAGCAAGCUGAUCAGUUUGCCAAUAGCGAAGAUGAAGCAUCUCAACAAUCAUCAGCAACAGCAACAUCCGUUCGUGGGUUCACCGUCGCAUCAGCUACUGGCGUCUGGAUCUUCCGUAUCGCAGCCACAUGUCGUGCCGACCGUUUCGAUUGCUGGUGGCGGAAUUCUAACCAGUACCAGCAGUAACAGUAGCAUUGGAUCGUCGGCAGGAACAACGGCGAUGGUACAGAAGCUGUCGGUACCCCGUAACAUCCAGCUCGUCACCAGGAUACCGACGAAUAGCAACAGUUCGGCGGCACCAACACAAACUACAUCAACAGUAGGACUAAGCAAUGGCAGUCGCAUACUGCAACAGCAGCAACAAAUCCAGUACAACAACACUAUCGGACAAAUUCAGGAUACAGGGGGUGGCGGGUCACCACUGGAGCUGAAAAACGUAAUGACAACCGCACACGUGAAACCUAUCCCGGUGACUAGCAAGAGCAAGGUCAGCCAAAAUGCAUCACUCAAAAUGUUGCAGCAACAACAACAGCCGAGAUUGUCUAAUGUGACACUAAAGCCACUGGCCGUUAUGAAGCAACAACAACAACCAUCAGCAGCGGUUAAUGUGAGCCUAAAAACUGUCAGAAAUAGUCCGUCAGCGUCGCAAAAGAGUGGUGGACCCAAUGUAACAUCUUCGAUGUUUUACAUGAAGAGCAAUAAUAGUGGCGCGAACUCCGUGUCAGCUGCGACAUCCAGUGGGUCACCGCUUGAACUGCAACAGAUGGGCUCGAUUUACACUACAUCCACGGCACAAGCUGUCUAUCACAGUACCACCCCACAAGCAGCCGCUACCAUCCAGCAACAGACACAGAUGAUGAUCCCUGUGUCGUCUUAUGGUCAGCAGAGUACCACCGGCGGCAGCAGUACAGCGUCGCCAUUAAAUAGCAUUAAAUUGACAGCUCCAAUUCAUCACAUCCUGAGCGGUUCGAAGCAAUCGGGAAGUUCAACUGGUGUUAAUAUGCUAAAAUCGGGCAAGAAUCAGUUGAUACAAAUUCAUCAGGUGUCGUCACAAUCAAGGACACAAUCGCCUCAGCUCUCGACCCAGAGUACAUACAUGGCGGGUGGUGGCCAACAGCAACAAGUUGUUUUGCAACAGUCACCACACAACAUCAGCACACCUGGCACCGGUACUACAAUGAUGAUAAACGUACCCACAUCACUCACCGGUGGCAGUAAGGCGUCGAGCGGGGGCAGAUUUACACCAUCGUCCUCUACUUCGCUCAGUACAGGCAAUUACAUUGUAAGCUCCAGCAGCGGUGUGGGUGUGUUCGGCACGACUGCCACGUUCACAACGACCACUUCUUCUCCAAUCUCAUCAUCAGCAAUCGGACAUAAAGGCUUAAGCAACCUCUACACAGCUGCAGCCACUGUCGGAGGAUACGAUCAGCAGACAUUUGCUGAUGCCGUAUCCAAGUAUCAAGCCACUAGUGGCAAAGGUACCUCCAGCAAUAGUUUAUCAAAUGCGAUAAAUAAUUCGCCGGCACCACCUCCUGCCGGUGGUAGUUCGUCGUCUGUGAAAACGGGCAAAGGUGGUGCUGCUGGCGGUCGCGGACGUCAUAAUAGUAGUAGCAACCAGUUUCAACUACAUAGCACCACGAAUAUCGCUUCAUCGCCUCCCGUUACUGGUGCAUCGCAGCAUUACCUUGCACUAGAACAUCAGCCUAAUAUAGCGGUAGAGCAGCAAGCGGUAAUAAAUCAUACGGCAGCAUCUUCACCAUCAUCGUAUCGUUAUGCGUACAGCAGCUCUUCCCCUUCUGGAAUAACUUCUACCAGGACGGUAUCGACGACACCCACUGGUCUCGGUGCAUCCGUCGAGGCAGAUAUGAUGUACCUUAACGGACAAUCGGAUGAAACGGCCACAGCGAGAAUACUGCAAAGUUUGUCACAAAAAUCGCACGAAACGUCCGGUGGAAGCGCGGCAAAAAUGAUGUACGCCACCAACAGGCACCAUUCGUAUGAUCCCACACAAUCGGCCGGUACACCGGGGACGACGGUAGUAACGACGGGCCGGCAUCGUUAUGAUUCUUCCAGUUCGACGGACGGACGUCGUAUGAGCGGAUCCGUCGAAACAACAACAAUCCUUUACGCGGACAGCAUACCGUUGAAAGAAUGUAAUACUACAAGUACGAUUUCCCAUGGUACAACAGGACAUUACGCAUCUCGGGAUGAUGAGGAAGGGAACAGUAUCGAGGUACGUCCUGGACCGGUAGAUCCAUCUGCCGGUUUGUUCUACAUCCUGCAGGCAAUAAUGCAGGAUCAUACCUACUGUGAGCCAAUGUCAACGAAUGUCACCGACCAUCAUCAGAGCGCUUAUCAAGCUCCUUCGGGAAUGAUUUCUCAAAACAUACCACCGGUAGUGCAACAUUCUACCACUGGAUCUGGUGUCGAUAUGAUGACGUCACAGUCAUCGCUCUCUACAGCGGGACUGGUGAAUCCUUCAGCGACGACAAUGACGAUGGCCGCUCCGGUUUCCAUUGCACCGUCCGGUAUCAGUGGUACCAACAGCAGCAGCUGCACGGCGGCCGGCAUGAUGUUGCACAUCGCUCAGAGGAACUUGGCCACAAUAACUUCGGCCGCCGUUGCGAGUGGAACUGGAUCAGGUUCCAUGUUUGAGUUGAGUCAAGUGUUGUACCAGGCUAAGGGAGGCUUAUCAACAGCCCGACCCGGGGCCAACGAUGAUAAUGAUGACGCACAAUCGGUAAUCAGUAACGGAUCGCGAGCUGGUCACGAUAAUGAUUUAGGUGAGGAAACGGAUACGGCUCCGGAAGGGGAAGGUGAGGAUGAUUCCGUGACGCGUUGUAUCUGCGAUCUGACGCACGAUGACGGUUACAUGAUAUGCUGUGAUAAAUGCUCUGCCUGGCAGCACGUUGAUUGUAUGGGAAUCGAUCGGAUGAAUAUACCGGACGAAUACAACUGUGAACUCUGCCAGCCGCGUCCGGUGGACAAGGCACGUGCACGCCAGCUACAGUUACACAAGCGCAAAGAGCAGAGUCUGUUUUUCGCAAAUAAUAAUGUUGCAGUUCCCGGAGCAGCUACACCGACCUCCUCGCUCUCGCUAACGGACGGUGGUAGUAGUAUAUCGAGCACAAAUCAACAACAAUUACCACCAACACCGCCACUAAGCGUAAAGGGUGGUGGCAAUCAUCAGUACGCCACCGGACAUCAUCAGCAGCAAUACCCAUACAACGAUGUAGUGUCACAUCAGCAGAGUAAUGGUGGCGCAACGACGAAUCAUGCGGCGGUGGUUCCGGCAACACCCGCUAAAGGGUCGAGAAAAUCGCGUUCCGGUGGUGGAUCGCGCAAAAAAUCGGACAGUGUAUCGUCGUCUUCGUCCUCAUCGGCUAGUGCUCUUGUAUUUGGAGCGUUGAAUAAUACAACGAGUGCGUUGGUUCCAAAUAGUUGUACUUCGACAGCAGCAGCAUCAGCUACAGUAGCUACAUCAUCAUCAACGAUGAUGAUGGUGGCUGGUGGUGAGGGAAUGGUGAUGGGUGGUAGUGGCCCAUUAGCAAGCGUGAUGGCACCGUCUGGAGGCGUGGUACCUAUGAUGGAUCCGGCAAUGGCCGCAUUAAAUUCUUCAACCGCCAUCACAACAACAACAAUGCCCGUCGCAAUGUACUGUGAUAGUAGUAGUAAUAGUAGUGGAGUAUCGAAGAAGCUAAGUAAAAAAGCGGAAAGCGCCCUCAACAGUCGUUUGAACGGUGGAAAGCGUGUGGUGGCCGGUAAGGAACUUCGCUCCGUUGUUGGGAUUCCUACAGCCGCCGCCUCGAGACCAUCGAAGAAAAAGUCGAAAAGCGCCGAACAAAGUACGGAAAAGCUGAUGAACAUGAUCCGGACAUGGAUCGAUAGUUACGAGCGUGCGACGACCAACCAUUACUCGCCGGAACUGCGGGCCAGGUUGCAGGCGUUUGCUAAGCUGCAGGCUCAGAAUCCACUCCUAACGGACAGCCGGCUGUUGACGGUGGCUCCGGUCGGGGCGAGCACGCCACGCUGUACCACCGUACCGCACGCCGGUGGCAAAAUUCUUAUCGGCACGUGUGACAUCGAACCGCGGACGCCGAUCAUUGAGGUGCGUGGAAAGUAUAUGCUGACGACACAGCACAAACAGCUACAGUCGUUGUUUAAUAUGGCCGCGAAUGGGAAGCUCAGCCAGAACAAGAAUGCCGGUCCGUUCCUGUUUCUCUACCAGCUGCCAGCGGCUGGAUGUGGUGGAAUGGAGCUGUGUGUGGAUACGCGCACGUACGGUAAUGAUGCACGGUUCGUGCGGAGGUCGUGCCGACCGAAUGCGGAAUUGUUGCAUAGCGUGGAGAAAGGCGUUGUCCAUCUGUACAUCGUGGCGACAACGAACAUUAAGUCAAACACGGAAAUUACGAUCCGGCACGAUGAGCAGUUAAUUCAGCGGAUGGGAGGUGUGGUGAUACUGACGCACACUACUGUAACGAACGUGUGUGCGUGUGGAUUGAUAAAGGAUUGUGCUUAUUCGGCACAGUUGAACGACUCGACAAUAUCAGUACCUGCCGUUGGCCCAACAGUUGGAGGAGGAGUUGCUACAGGAGGAGUGGUGGGUGCGAAGGGUACCAAAGCUGGAUCGAAACGAGCGCUUGUCGAGAGUGGUGGAAUGCUGGAUCAGCAUGGAAAGCCGGCAAAAGCGAAAAAGACGCGCAAUAACAGUACGCGAUCAAUUUCCUCGAGUGGUGGUGAAGGUGACGCACUGUUUGGUACAUCACCCGGAGUUGGAGCAGGAGGAGGUUGUUUGAUGUCACCACCAACACCAGCUCCGAUGCCCCAACCAAUACCGUCAAUGUCCCAACAGCAAAAUCUUGCACAAGAACUACCGCAAGGAACGAUGCUGUUAGGUCCAACAAUAAUGGGUUUGCCUUUAACACCACAACCACCACCUGGAAAUGCUCCGGGAGUUGGAUCACCGUAUAUGUACUGUCAGACACCGGCAGGCGCACCAAACACAACAACAGUACCUUCGAUGUCACCGUACCAUCAGUACGAUGUGAAUGUUCCGCUUCGUUCGCCACCGCCACCAACGCACAUUGCUCCGAUACAAUCACCACCGGCUGCAGUACCGAAUCCGGCACUGAUGCCGCAUCACCAAUCACCGGGAAAAAAGCAACUACAGGCACACCACUUCCAAGAGCAACAACCGGAAGCGGCAGCUGCCCUUCUAGCGAUGGCGGCAUCUGGACCGGUCAGCAGCUGUAUUGGAUCGCGCCCCGGUACGGCAGCACUCGAUGCGGCACUACUAGAACACGGCACGCGGAUGGAACUGAUCCAGCAACAGCAGGAACUGCACCGGCUUGAAAUCAUGGAAGAUGUAAUAAAGGUGAAGAUAAAGCCUUCGCCACCUACAUCACCGUUGAAGGUUGGUGGUGCAAGAAGUUCGCCAGUUUCAUUGUUACUAUCACCGAAUAAACCAAUACAGCAGCAGCAGCAGCAGCAGCAGCAACAGCAGCAACAAAAUUCGAUACCACUCGGAGCGAAGGAGAUUAGUGGAACGGUUCUAUUUCCCCAGAUAAAGGAAGAACCGGGAACGACGAUCGGAGCUCCUGCUAAUGUGGAUGUAGUUAUAGAUGCGAUUAAGCGAGAGCAGCAACAGCAGAGUGAGGUUAAGGAUGUACCGAUGUAUCCAUGCAACGCCAGUAUUGCACCAGAUAUUCCAUCAGCGACAUGCGACUUGAAAGAUGCGAAAGAUGCGAAAGAUGCAGGCGUAGGUGUCGCUUGUACUGUUAAGGUUGAGGUAGAAGACAAGCAACAGUUGCAGUUACAACCACUACUCCCACCGUCUGAGGCAGUUGCGAUAGGCGAGCGUGUUGGAGAUGUUACUAUUAAAACGGAACAACAGACAGAAAUCGACAAGAAGCUGCCGGAACAACAACAACAACAGUCCCCCGCUAUCGGCUUCGAACAACAGUCGAUAAUGGUCGGGAUCGGCUCAUCGUCUCCAGUGAAGCGUUCCAGCUCACCAAACAAUCAUCAUCAUCAUCAUCACCAUCAUCAUCCAACGAGCAAAAGCAAAAGAAGUAGCGGAGAGCAUCAUCAGCCGCACAAUACCUCCUCAUCCUCCGUACGGUCGGAAAAGAAGCAGGCGACAGAAAAGCCCAGUCGCAAGCUCACACGCGAAGAGCGUAAAAUGGAAGCUAUUGUGAAAGCAUUUGCCAAGAUGGAGCAAUCGCAGCAGCGCAAGCAGGAACUGAAGGAACAGCGCAAAGAUGGAGGAAUCUCCAUUCCGAGUAGCAAGCGGCGCAGCAUCUCUACCUCGAACACCGAUGAGGGGAGUGCGGCGACGCUUGAUGGUGGUGUUGUAUCGUCCAGUGCAAACACUUCGUGCGAUAACGGUGAUCAAUCGUUUGGUUCGUCGUUCAAUACGGCUAAUUCUUUCUCCAGUGGCGGUGGUAGCUGUAGUGGUAGCAGUAGUAGCGGUGGUGGUGGUGGUGGUAGCAAACGGAAAAGUGGCGGUGGCGGUGGAAUUCGAUCGUCUUCGAAAACACGGUCCUCUAAGAAGAAGAAAAGCAAGGCAGUGAGUCAACAUUUCGCGUCCUCAACGCAGCAACGGCGGAAGAAACUUGCGGCAGCAGCACGGUCCAGGUCGAAAACGUCAAAGUCAUCGUCCGGUGGUAAUAGCCGGGCACAGGCACAGCAACAGGAGCAGAAGGAUCAAUAUCAUCAUCAGCUGGCUCCGAGCGCAAACUCUAGUGUCGGUGAGGGUGAAGUUUAUGGUGGUGCCAGCCAUUACGAUAAGGCGGCUGAGCUGCUGCUAACCUUCUCACAGUCGGCUACUAGUAGCAGUGGAGCGGCACAACUGAUGGGCGUUACCUCGACGAAUGUUGGAGAAACUCCCGGCCUGACAGGACCAGGUAGUGGAAAUCUUCCGAUGUUGAGCUCGGCCUGUAUGUUGAUAGAAGCUGCCGUUGGGCCGUUGGAAAAUGCUUCGACAAUGCUGAUGGCAGGAGGACGUCCACUGAACCAUUUAGCCAGUACCGUAAUGGUGUCCUCACCUUCUGCGCCUUCUCCACCGGUUAUCGGCACUGCACUGGAGUCACCACUGCCCGUGGAACAACAGCAGCAGGAUUUUAAAUAUCCUGCAAAGGCAAAAACGAAGAAAAGCAUGUCUCGCGAAUGGCUUAGCGGUCAUCAGUUAGCGAUGGAGCAAGGUGAUUCUGGUUACGCAACAACCCCAACAGAGGAUCGAAGCAUCACUAGUGAGGUGCUCACUCACCAUCCCUUACAUCAGCCCUUACAUUUGAAGACCAGCUUUGAGGAUCCUGGUGAGGGUGGUAAUAUCAUGAUUGCGGCGAAGAAGGUGGAGGAAUUCAUCAUGCAAAAUUCUCCGCAGCCGGAUGAUAAUGCGACUUCCCAUUCCUCGACUACAUCACAUUCGACCACUGUAGUUGCUUCUCCUAUUUUACAACACAGUGGCCCAAAUAAAUGGUCCACCUCUGGAGAGGUGGGAAGUACGGGAGGAAGUAAUUGUGGGACGUCGGAAAAGGUGGAAAGUGCCGCUGUAAAGAAACGAUGGCUUAGGCAAGCAAUAUCCGAGGAGACGGAUGAACAUCCUGGCGUAGGUGGAGCAGGUGGAGGCGGAUCUGGUGCUGCGUUGUUACAAUCGUCUUGUUCGUCAUCGUCUUCACCACCACCACCGAACGGGUUCACGACUCCAUUGAAGAAACGACGCGUUAUACGGGAAAAUCCACUCGCGAGCUCGGUGGUUGUUUCGUCCGAAUCGCAACUUCAGCAACAUCAUAUGUUUGUCUCGACAAAUGCGGCCAUCCCGUCGAGUUUGGUGGUUAGUGCGACGGUAAGCAGCGGAUCAGGACCCAACACUAGUGGCAUGUUUUGGGACCAUUCUGUGUCUCCGGAAAAGCAGGCGAUGGAUCUAUCCUCACAUCGUGCUCCACUACCACCACCACCACCACCAAACACGAGCGGUCCGGUGAAAAUGCUAACUCCACUUCAUUUUGCUGACCCAGGACCAAUGCCGACAGCAAACGCUGCCACUAGUACUACGCCAUCCGUACCAUCACCUUCGUUGGUAGCCUCAGUCAUUCAAGAAUCAUCAGCAACUACCCUUGCCGUACAUCCGCAAUUGCAUCUUGCAAGUAGUGUAGGAGUGGCGUCACCUCAUCACACCACCCAUCUUCAUCAUCCGUAUCCGAUGUUGCAGCAAAUUCAGCAUCAACCGCACCACACGCUCCCAUUAGCGAUGGCCGCGCAGAUUCAGUACGAAACGAGUGUAGUAAUGGAGGAACCGGCAGCCGUGAAUGUUGAACCUCUACCAGUGCCAGUGGUGAUUGUAGAAUCGCAGAGUACGGUGGUGGAAAGAGCACCCAAGGUAGAAGAAGAGCAUAGGGCGAUAACAACUACAUCUGCAACCUCUACUACUGCUACUGUCACUACACCAGUUCGUAUUGAUCCACCUACUGAAGUAAUCGAAGAACAGGUCGUCGAACAGGUGGUUGAGGAACAGCAGGAAGUCGUUGAGCAAGAAGAGAUGGAAGAGGAGGAGGAGGAGGUGGUGAUGGUUGAACAGGAAGUGGUGAUGGUCGAACAAGCAGAGCUGAUGGAGCAAGAAGAAGAAGAAGUGGUCGUCGAACAGCAGGAGAUGGUGGUAGAAGAGCAAGAGAUAGUACAGGAAGAAGUGGUAGAGGAGGAUGAUCGGGUGGAGGAGGCAGAGCAAAAGCAGGACAAAAAAAGUGAGUCCACAACACCUCUUAUCCCAUCUGAUGAGCCAGAACCUUCGAUGGAAGUUGCCGUGGAAUCUGAUGCCGGAGAGUUGUCGGAUCCAGCGAACGACAGUAAAUCAUCGACGCCUAGCAAAGGGAGCCAAAGGUAUAUGGAACACGAUGUAGACGAAUUCGCCGACUUGGUGGAAGAGAUUGUGCAGGAAUCGUACGAGGUCGAUCAGAAGAAAGCGGCGGCGGCGGCAGCAGCAGCAGCAGCAGCAGCAGCAGCAGCAGCAGCAGCAGCAGCAGCAGCAGAAAAAGAGUUAUCUGUUUCCAUUCCCGUGGAACCUUCGAAGCUUGUUGCUUGUGAUUCUGGUUUAGAAAAGGGGAAGAAACGAGCUAGUACCAAAUCUGGUUCUCCAAAAUCUUCCCCGAAAGAGAAGAAGAUACAACCUACGGUACGUUCCGAAACGGCAAAAAAGAAAGAUGUCAGCACAGUGGAAGGUGUUGAGUAUUGUGAGGCAGAAGAAACAAAGAACGUCGUAGUGCCAUCGGAAGAGCGACGUGAAGCAACGUCGGGCGCAGACUCGCUGUCGUCUACGUUUGAUGAAAUCGUCGAAUCGAUCGUUGAGGAACGAUUGGCCGCUAUGAACGAUGAUUGUCCGCCGGAAGUAAUAGACGAUGAUACCGAUGGUGGUGCUGAGGAGGAGUCCGUGUUGGUGUACGUGCAGGAAGAGGAAGAAGAAACCAACAACAAGGAGGUGGUGCGCGUUGAAGAUGAGGAUAGUGAGGACGCACUGAUGCGUGAGGUCGAAGAAGAGAUGUUGGAGAUGAUGUCGGAAACAAGCCAAUUGCGGCAGGGUCUACCGCGAUCACUGAACGAAGAUGAAGAAGAGCGAGACGUUAGGUUCAUAGCGGAGGAAGAGGACGAACCAGUAAGGCCUGAGAUGGCGAAGCCUGUUAAAAGUGAACCAACGGCGACUAACGUUGAAAGGAGUGCGCCAGUCGCCAAUGUCUUGCCGAAGAAUGUAACCAACGGUACGAAGGAAGAGUCUAAACGAACUCCUCUAACAACGCGUGCUGGUACGGAGGACAGCGAACAGAGCGAACUGGCCGAUCUGCAGAAGGUGAUUGCGUCUUUCCACUCGGAAACGAUCAAUAAUCUGAUCUCGCGGAAUCGUAGCAAAUCAAAGAAGGGUGGCAGCAACAGUAGCAGCGUUUCUCCACCGAAUGUGGCCGCGACCAAGAAGCAGGUGAAGCUGAAUUUUGACCUAAGCGUCAAAGAUGAUGCCGUCAAUGUCACUCUGCAGAAGCCAACUACGGAAACGACAGUUGGCAAUGAAGUCGGUAAUUCGGAGAUCAAUUCUGCCCCAGCGUUACCACCGAUGGUUUUGCCACCUUCGUCAGUGUCUGUGCUGGCAGCCUCAACAACGUUGGCGACCUCUAGCAGUGUGUCCACGAUAAAGCCGAUUUCUGCUCCCAACUCCAGUAGUGCUGCAGCUUUGGGAAGCGUAGUCAUUCCCUCAGUAACCACGUUUGGCAGUGAACCGAUCCGUUCAUUCUCAACACUUCGGCCUGAUCCUCCCAUGUCGGCAGGCUUGGUCGCUGGCGGACAUCUCAGUACCCUUGGUGGGUAUCACCUUCAUCAGCGUACGGGCAGCAGUACCACUGGUUCCUCGUCCUCCUUCCUAGACUAUCCAAGCGUCGUUGGUUCGGCCUCGGUGGCUCCAGCUGCCGGAACUCCGUCGAAUGUCAGCGCAACGGGAGGAAUCUAUCAGUACCGUUCGGAGGUGUCCAAUCUGCUUGAACGUACCGCAAUGCUGGCACCACUUCAUCGUCCUACAAGCUUCUCAACUCUUGGAUCUCUCACGUCACCGUUGGUUGGUGGUUCCGUUGGAAGCGUCAAGUCAUCGCUUCUUCUCGGAGCAACCGAAUCGCUGUCCACCCUGGGUAGUACCGCUUCUUCCUCCAUCGUAGGUGGAAGCAUAACGCCCACAGGAACUACACCAACGGGAGGUAUUCCUGUCGUUGGAGCGUAUCCGAAGAUAUUCACCAAAACCGCCAGCUCAGAUCCACGGCUUAAUCCAGCACUGGUUGCUGCUUCGACAGGUGCGGACGCGACCUCUUCCACCAGUGCGACAGGUCCAGCAAGUGCUCCAGCAACACCGAAACGCAAGCUCUCCAUUACCGAGUACCGGAAGCGUAAGCAACAAUCUUCAACCGAAGGCAACGCAUCCUCCACAACGGGUUCAACACCGCCGACGAUGAGUUCUUCCUCCUCAGGAAUUUCCUCCUCACUCGCGGCAGCAAUAUCAUCCGCGUCGACUCUGCUAACAGCGAAGGGAAGUAGUAAACGGGAAGAUUCCACCACACCUACCGGUUCGUCCACAGUCAGCAGUGCCAUCAGUAGCAACGAUGUAAGCAGUUCGAUUAGUCGUGAGCUUAUCAUGGCGCUGGAUCUACCGGAGGAUGUGAAAUCGGGAGAUAAUUCCUCCAACUCUUCAUCCUCGUCGUCCAGCGGGGGUCGAGGAGGAGGAGGUGUUCGGACAAUGGUCGCUGGUGGAGGAGGAGGAGCAGCUGGAGGUUUGAGUAAUGGUACGCUCGGUAAAUUGAGUGUAAAGGAAUCCGGUUCCAGUGGUGGUGGAGGUAUUUCACCAGUGGAUUCAUCUGCAGCAACGAACCAUCAUUUGUUGCACCAUCAUCACCACAAUCACUACGAAGGACUUUCGUCGAAUGAAGAAAUAACGACCACAUUCAGCGCUACACCUACGUUGGCCGAACUGCGCAGCGAGGGCGGAAUGUCGGCGGAACGAUUAAAAUCGCUCAAAUACUUCCCCUAG